AUGUUUAUUUAUUUGUCACCGUCUAAACACAACCUAUUCUCAUUGGCGAAGGGGCUUUGGAGUGGCCAACCUCCUACGAUGGAAGAUUUGAAUCCUCGCAAUCAAAGUGCAUUCACUAAUUCGAUAUCUCAAUCCACACCCACAAUUAACCCACCAUCGGCUUCUGAUGUAUAUCACCGCGGCAUCACUCAAUCGGGAUUUCAAUCUAUAUCCACCGGUAACUCCCCAUCGGCUAAUGCUAUAUAUAAUCGAGGCGGCAGUACUUCAGGUUCUGGAAUUAUCUACUCUGAUUCGGGAGUGAAUCCAUUUGAGGCUAAGGGGUUAUCCUUAGCCAAACCACGGAUACGAUGGGGGAAUGCACGGCCAAAACAAUGA